AUGGCGACUGAAUCAGAGAAAGGCCCAGCAUCAGUCUUUGACUUGACUGUUAAGGAUGCUAAAGGAAACAAUGUGGAUCUUAGCAUGUAUAAAGGAAAAAUCCUACUGAUUGUCAAUGUUGCUUCUAAAUGUGGGAUGACCAACUCAAAUUACACUGAGCUAAAUCAACUAUAUGAAAAGUACAAAGAUCAAGGGCUGGAGAUUCUGGCAUUUCCAUGCAAUCAGUUUGGUGAAGAAGAACCAGGAAGCAAUGAACAGAUUGUAGACUUUGUCUGCAGCCGAUUUAAGUCUGAAUUUCCCGUCUUUGGUAAGAUUGAAGUGAAUGGGGAUAAUGCUGCUCCACUUUACAAGUUCUUGAAGCUGGGAAAGUGGGGAAUUUUUGGAGACGAUAUUCAAUGGAACUUUGCUAAGUUCUUGGUUGAUAAGAAUGGACAGGCCGUUGAUCGUUAUUAUCCCACCACGUCCCCUGUCACCAUUGAGAGAGAUGUGAGGAAGCUUUUGGGGCUAUCUUGA